AUGAGUAACAUUUAUAUCCAAGAACCACCCACUCGUGGUAGGGUGGUCCUGAGCACCACUGUCGGCGAUAUUGAGAUAGACUUGUGGUCCCGAGAGUGUCCCAAAGCCUGCCGGAAUUUUGUCCAACUCUGCAUGGAGAACUACUACAACAAAACCUUGUUUCACCGGGUGGUCAAGGACUUUAUUGUUCAAGGUGGCGAUCCCACGGGAACAGGACGAGGUGGUGAAUCUAUUUAUGGCCAUCCAUUCAAAGAUGAAAUCCAUUCUCGACUUCGGUUCGUACGUCGAGGUCUCGUGGCUAUGGCCAAUGCGGGCAAGGACGAUAACGGAUCACAAUUUUUCUUCACCAUGGGCCAGACCCCAGAGUUGAUGUUACAGCCCCAACACCAUUUUGGAAAGGUUGUGGGCGACACCAUUUACAAUAUGAUCAAGCUCCAAGACGGCAUGCUCCAAGACGGCAUGGUUCGGGAUGAGAAGCCAGAAUAUCCCAACAAGAUAAUCAAGGCCAAAGUAGUGGAUAAUCCAUUUCCAGACAUUCAACCUCGAAAAGUGAUCGAGAUGAUCAAAGACGAUCGGAACGAUAAAAAGCCGAAAAGUAAGAUGAAGGCCACCAAAGACUUCAAGUUGUUAAGCUUUGGCGAGGAAGCCGAGGAGGAAGAAGAAGAUCUCGUUGAAGUUAAUGCUAAGUUUAGUGGGAAAGGGGGCAAAUCCUCGCACGACCUCUUAAAAGAUCCAAAACUCUUGUCCGAGGUUGGGGAGGAAUUGAAACGAAAAGGGGAUGAGCACGACAAUGAACAAGAAGAAGAAGACGGUGCACUACCCCAAGACGAGAGGACUCCCACGGUAGUUGAAAUUGAUCCUGAUGUGGUCAAAAAUAAGUUAAAGCGAGAAAAAGACAAACAAUUGGCCAAGAAACUGAAGCUUGAUGAUCAUCACUUCGAGUUGAAUGACGCAGAGCUCGGUAGUGGCGACCAAGUCGAUGACAAAUCCAAGCGCAAAUCCGAAAUUCAAAAUGAAAUCCGAGCUUUGAAGAAACAGAUGCGAUCCAAAGACAAGGAUAAAACAGCUCAGUCCGAUUGGGCCACUGAACCCGAAGAUCAUGUCACUGAAGAAGAACGAAACAAUGACAUGCUUCGGAAUUAUCACGAAGAGCAGAAAAAAUACGCUCAAAAGGUGAAAGUCCCCAAGAAAGGGUCAGAUCGCGAGGCUAUGACCAUGAAAUUAUUGGAAAAGUUCAAAUCCAAGCUUCACAAUGUCAAAGAAGACGACGAAGACAAAAUGCCCAAAAAUCCGGAAAAGAGCCAAGAUGAAGAUGACGAUUUUGAAGGCGACGAUUGGAUGAAGAAGGAGCUCAAAUUUGUUGCUGAAGACCCAGUUUUAGCUAAAGACGCGAACACGAAGGACGACGAUUGGUUUGAUAUCUAUGAUCCCCGCAAUCCCGUUAAUAAACGGAGACGAAACGAAGACUCCAAAAAGAAGUAUAGACGCCAUUAAUUUUGAUUUAUCAUUCACACCAUCUUCUUUCCAG